AUGGAAGAGCAAUAUAAACUUGAACACGAAGAGUUUGUAAAGAAUCCAACUGGAUCUACUUUAUUUGAGACAUGCACAGUUUUGAAUAUAAUACCUGUAUCAUUAUUACUUCAAAAAGUAUUAUUUACAACAUUCUUUGAUAACAAUGUAAAGAUACCAUUGGCUGUUCGUGUUUUCUUGGAGUUUUCAAUCAUUGUUCUGCCAUGCAUUGCAUCGGUUACCUACACUGAAAUGACCAUUCCACUCAUCCUAUUAAUGCUAUUGACUUGCUUGAUCAUACCUAUAUUUGCAAAACCAUCAUCAAAACAAUUCUAUUUAUCAGAGAAUAAGGAUAUGUUAAAUCUAAUGAAUGCACCAAGAAAGAGAUUCAUCGAGGAGUACCGUGCAUUCGUAAUGAUUGCAACUAUCAUCUGUAUUCUAGCAGUAGACUUUAAGGUAUUUCCAAGAAGAUUCAGUAAGACUGAAACAUUUGGUAUUUCAUUGAUGGAUAUUGGUGUUGGAUCAGUAGUAUUAUCAGGUGCAAUGGUAUCUAGACAUGCUAGAUCAUCAUCAUCAUCGUCGUCGUCAAGUGUACAUCAUAAGAAAACAGAUGACAACAACAACAACAAAAGUAGAGCAUCAACAACAACAACAACAACCUCUGAACAAAAGUUAUCUAGAAAAGCAUUGGCAUAUCAUGCAUUCGUAUCUAAUGCACCAUUGAUGUUGUUAGGUUUCGUUAGAAUGCUUUUGACAAAGUCAACAAACUACCAGGAACAUGUUACGGAAUACGGUAUUCACUGGAACUUCUUCUUCACUCUGGGAUUCGUCUCGAUCGUCCUAUCAUUCCUAAAGAUGUCACCGAAUCGUGCAACGCUGAAGGAGUGGAGAUUGUACGCUGCCAAGCUGAUGGCUGUCGGAUUGUUUAUGUUUGGUGUGCUCUACUACGCCGAGCAGACAAUCCAACCAAUCUCAAGAAGAAUGACCAAUCUCACCUAUGUAAUGGCUAUCUUGGCGUUGAAUAUCUUCAAUCUCUCGGUUAACCUCUUGGUUUCACUGAUAUCGGCAUCACAUCUACACCCAUCGGCAAUCACCCAAGCAAUCAAUAGAAAUCAACUCUUCAUAUUCCUACUGGCAAACAUCAUGACCGGUCUCAUCAACUUUAGCAUCAAAACCAUCUAUGCAAGCGAAGAAACCUCAAUGAAAAUCAUCGUAGGAUACACUUCACUCUUGGUAAUAAUAGCAAUAGCAUUAGAUCAUCUAAACAUAACAUUAAAACUAUCAAAGUAG